AUGGCUACUUUCUUGGCUAAACAAAUGAUUUCCAAUAAAACUAGUGCAUUAACUAAAAGUGCUUCUAGUAACAAUUCUGGCGGUGGUGGCAGUGAUAAUAGUGAAAACGCCAUGGAGCACGAAGAAUUUUUGAAGCAACAAGAAGAAGAACGAAUGGCACGCUAUGUGGAUAGAGAGAAAAAACGUGAAAAAAUUCGCGAUAAAAUACGUAAUAAAUAUAACUUAGAAAAACGUGAUUACUUAAGCAUCGUCGAUUUAGAAGCCACUGCUCCAAAAAAGGAUUCAUCCAAGUCUAAUUUCUCAUCACGUAUGGAUAACUAUUCUAAUGAAGGUUGCUUUCGUCGAAUGCUGCGGUGUUGCUGCCCAUGUUGUUGUCGCCGCUAA